AAGUCGCGUCGCGUCUCGGUGUGAAUGUCAGCUGUGUUUAGUGUGUUCACUCACAUUGUGUGGCAAGGACAAACUCAAUGAAAUGAUCAAACAAGUGCGCACAUCUGGCGCCGGCAUGACGCGACGCGAUGCUCAGUUGCACGAGUGUCGCCACUGAGAACUGUCUUGUGUCGUAAGGUGUCAUUAUAGACAAUUUGUAUUUGUCGGCUAAAAAACGAUGGAGUGGAAUAACGAGAGCGUUCUCGAGUUUAUAGAAUUGAUGCAAGGCGAGCCAGAUAUAUGGGACCCGAAACGUAAUGGACAUAAAAACAGAAAUAAUCUUCAUGACGCCUGGAACAGAAUUAGACACGAGUUUUCAGUGCCUUGCACUGUUGAUGAAUUGAAGCGAAAAAGAAAUACGUUACUGACACAGUACAGAGAUUGUUUAAAAAAAAUAAAUGACUCAAUUAAAUCUGAAUGUAGUGCCGAAGAUAUUUACAAACCUUCAUGGUUUGCGUUUGAAGCUCUUGAUAAUUUUCUGAGUGAUAUUUAUAAGUAUCGUGUGACAAUUUCUACCGAAGUUAUGGAAAGAACAAAGGAAAGUCCACAGUCUCGUGAAACAAUAGGACAUGGGUCAAUAGAAACUUCUUCGCCUAGGCCAGACUCACCAGAAUCAUGCUCAUAUAGUUUAAGUGGAGCUGAUGCUUUUCCUCCGCCAAAGAGGCAACGAAGAGCACCAGAAUUCGUAAAUGCAAACGCAUGUGAAUUAUAUGGUCAGCUGCUAGCUGAGAAAUUAAAGGCCUUAGGUACAGACGAUAGACUAGUGCUGAUGAAUGAAAUUGAUAAUCUAGUAUUCAAAUACACAAUGAAUGCCAGACAGCUCCAGCGUGAGCUUGAUAUGAAAACUCAAUAAGUCGUCAGUUUAUAAGGAUCAUUCAAUCUACUGAUACCACCAUCAAUUGCUCCUCAAAUAAUGUACCUAUGCAGAAUCAACACAAUUUCAGGACACUACUGUACCAGACCUAUGUUAUGACCACCUACCUGAAGUGCAUGUCACCGAAAACUAUUUAAUAAUGCAACUUCAGGAAAAUACUUUUUAUGAUUCUAAUAUUCAAAAUUCCUCAAAACAUCAAGAAAUCAGUAGUCAGUAAUG